AUGCCUCUCCUGCCAGUCCAUGGGACGCGCACACUGCUGUUGUCAGCUUACCUGGAGCACCGCACAGAAAACCAAGAGGUCCGUGUCAUUGCUGUGGCGUUGAGAAGUGAGGCGGCUGCUUAUCGCUGCCACCUCUGUUGUGAGGGAGAUGACAUCUCCACACCACUCCACAUCUCUGAGGGCCAUGUUAACAUCCAUAGGGACCACUUUGACUUCCAGUAUGGGACAGCAGACAUCAUGUGCCCUGUUCCCUCAGGGUGCAAGACUCCCUCUGAUGUCACUGUGACCUCUGCUGCUGAAGAUCCAGAUGUGGGUCCUCCAGUGUUUUUGGCGGUGCUGAACCAGAGGACAAGUGACUCCUUCCCUCACAACUUCACUGUCUGCAUAUCCACCAUGUUUGACUUCACCAACGUGCUGCAGCUGGUCCAGAGUAUGGAAAUGCUGCAGCUUCUGGGGGUGAGCAGAGUGGUCAUCUAUAAGACGAGCUGUGACGCAGACACACAGAGGCUACUGGACUACUACACAGACAAAGGUUUUACUGAGGUGAUUCCCUGGUCUAUGUCCGAUUAUCUGAACGUGUCUCGAGGCUGGAGGCCUGAAAAAGAUCCUGGUGACCUUCACUACCACGGCCAGCUCCCUGCUCUCAAUGACUGUGUCUACAGAUACAUGUACCAGUCCAGAUAUGUGGCCCUGCAUGAUGUGGACGAGCUCAUUCUGCCCCAGUCAGUGGACAGGUGGAAUGACUUGAUGCCCCUGCUGGAGCAGAAAAAUGGUGCUGAAAAGUGCUACAAGUUUGAGAACUUCAAGUUUCCUCACACCUUCAAGCUGCGUCCUCCAGUCUCUGAAACUCAUCACCUGCAAGACAAGGAAAACCCCACCUGGAAAGGCAUAUCUGGGGUCAACAUCCUGGACCAUCUGUACCACGAACCACCCGACAAAUCAACGCACACCAACUUCAAGAUCAUUGUCAACCCCAGAAUUGUAUUCGAAACCACCGUCCACGGACUGUUGAACCCGAGGGCGAGCUGUGUUUGGGUCGACAACAGCUUAGCACGCAUGUACCAUACAAGGGCUCCAUCGCAUAAAGGGCUGACACCAGACGAGCUGAUUUAUGACGGCCGACUGCUGGGAUACAGUGACCGCCUCAUCCAGGCUGUCAACACUGUGCUCAAAGACGCUGGACUCAUUCAAAAGGACACACACACACACCCUGAGCUCUAGUUUCGCAGACCUGGCGAGGCG